CCCGUGAGGUGAACUGCCCGAGGCUACCAGUGUCCUUCCUCAGUGUCUCAAAGUCAUACUUGAUAUAGUUCUUACUACUUCACCUGGAUGGAUGAGCCAGCAUAUCUGAGCUAGAAAUCAGGUUAAACUUGUUUCUUAAAUGAGAUGCCAUCCCAGCACUGGACUCAUGGGGACUGAGCGUUUCCUCAGGAACCCAUAGGAGCUGCUGUAUUUCACUGUAGAACAUGUCUAACAGUAACACUACUCAGGAGACUCUGGAAAUAAUGAAAGAAUCAGAAAAAAAACUGGUGGAAGAAUCUGUAAACAAAAACAAAUUUAUAUCUAAAACUCCAAGUAAGGAAGAAGUUGAGAAAGAGGGGGAAGACACUGGUUCACGCCAGGAGACACAGAGACGGACAUCAGGCCAUGGUCAUGCCAGGAAAAGAGCCAAGUCUAAUUCCAAGCUCAAGUUGGUACGGAGUCUGGCAGUAUGUGAGGAGUCCUCCACUCCAUUUGCUGAUGGGCCACUAGACACCCAGGAUAUAAUUCAGUUGCAUAUCAGCUGCCCCUCUGACAAGGAGGAAGAAAAAUCCACAAAGGAUGUCUCUGAAAAGGAAGACAAGGACAGAAGCAAAGAGAAGGCCCCAAGGAAGAUGCUGUCCAGAGACUCCAGCCAAGAAUAUACUGACUCCACUGGAAUAGACCUCCAUGAAUUCCUUGUCAAUACACUGAAAAAGAACCCAAGGGACAGAAUGAUGCUGCUAAAAUUAGAACAGGAGAUUCUGGAGUUUAUCAGUGACAACAACAACCAGUUCAAGAAGUUCCCUCAGAUGACCUCAUAUCACCAGAUGCUAUUACACCGGGUAGCUGCCUAUUUCGGGAUGGACCACAAUGUUGAUCAAACCGGGAAAGCUGUCAUCAUCAACAAAACCAGCAGCAUGAGAAUCCCUGAACAGAGAUUCUCAGAACACAUAAAAGAUGAGAAGAAUACAGAAUUUCAGCAGAGAUUCAUUCUCAAGAGAGAUGAUGCCAGUAUGGACUGAGAUGAUAACCAGAUCAGAGUUCCAUUGCAGGAUGGAAGGAGGAGCAAGUCAAUAGAAGAGAGAGAGGAGGAAUAUCAAAGGGUCCGAGAGAGAAUAUUUGCCCGAGAGACUGGCCAGAACGGAUAUCUAAGUGAUGUCAGGGGGAACCGGGAAGGGCUGAGCCGCACCUCCAGCAGCCGACAGAGCAGCACAGACAGCGAACUCAAAUCCCUGGAGCCGCGGCCUUGGAGCAGCACAGACUCGGAUGGCUCCGUCCGCAGCAUGCGACCUCCUGUCACCAAAGCCAGCAGCUUCAGUGGAGUCUCCAUCCUCACCCGAGGUGACAGCAGCAAAGGCAGCGGCAGUGCAGGGAGGACCCCCAGGCCAGGUAUGGCACUAGGUGCCCCAGAAGUGUGCAGCCAGGCCACCUCACCCCAGUCUGUCCGGGGCCUUCUCCCUUGUACUGUCCAGCAGCAGCAGCAGCAGCAGCAACAGCAGCAGCAGCAGCAACUUCCUGCUCUCCCACCCACUCCUCAGCAACAGCCACCCCUGAGUAAUCCCAUGAUCUCACAGGCAGAUGACCUCAGCAACCCCUUUGGACAAAUGAGCCUUAGCCGCCAAGGUUCUAUUGAAGCAGCUGAUCCGUCCUCAGCUCUGUUCCAGCCCCCACUCAUUUCCCAGCAUCCUCAGCAAGCUAGCUUCAUCAUGGCUUCUGCAGGACAGCCCCUUCCCACUUCCAACUAUUCCACCUCCAGCCAUGCACCACCUAGUCAGCAAGUCCUGCCUCCCCAGGGCUACAUGCAGCCCCCUCAGCAGAUCCAGGUUUCUUACUACCCCCCUGGACAGUAUCCUAAUUCCAACCAGCAAUAUCGACCUCUCUCUCACCCGGUGGCCUAUAGCCCCCAGCGCGGUCAGCAGCUGCCUCAGCCAUCCCAGCAGCCCGGUUUACAGCCUAUGAUGCCUAACCAGCAGCAGACGGCUUACCAAGGCAUGCUUGGGGUCCAGCAGCCUCAGAACCAGGGUCUACUCAGCAACCAGAGGAACAGCAUGGGAGGCCAGAUGCAAGGCCUCGUGGUUCAGUACACUCAACUGCCUUCAUACCAAGUCCCAGUGGGCAGUGACUCACAAAAUGUGGUCCAGCCACCUUUCCAGCAGCCCAUGCUGGUCCCUGCCAGCCAGUCUGUUCAAGGAGGCCUCCCAGCCGGGGGUGUGCCCGUGUACUACAGCAUGAUCCCACCAGCUCAGCAGAACGGUACGAGCCCUUCUGUGGGGUUUCUCCAGCCUCCCGGCUCUGAGCAGUACCAGAUGCCUCAGUCCCCCUCCCCAUGCAGCCCACCACAGAUACCGCAACAGUACUCAGGAGUGUCACCUUCUGGACCAGGUGUGGUGGUCAUGCAACUGAAUGUCCCUAGUGGACCCCAGGCCCCCCAG